UCACCUAUUUCUACUCCACAAAACUUGACUUGUUAUUCUCAUCCUGCAUUAUCUUGCAACUCUUGCUCUUUCCUUUCAAGCUUCAUCAACUUUUUUUUCAUAAACCAUGUUUCAUAAGCGAUUCACUUCAGACCCACCUCUGAAAGAGCAAUUGGGAGCAUUAGUACAUGAUUCUUCCGGUGAAGUUCACGCAAGAAAAAGCGAUUAUGUAAGAGAAUGUGAACUUCCGUUGAUAGAUCUUGGGGGUUUAAUGAGUGGUGACCAGAGAAAAAGGAGAAAGUGUGUGGCAGAUAUUGCAAAAGCUUCGGCCGAAUGGGGAUUCUUUCAAGUUGUGAAUCAUGGGAUUAGUCAAGAACUUCUUGAGGAAAUGAGACGAGAACAAAUGAAGGUUUUUCAGAUGCCAUUUGAGAAAAAAGCUAGUUGUGGACUUCUAAAUGAUUCAUAUAGGUGGGGAAAUCCAACAGCUACCUCUUCUAAGCAGUUCUCAUGGUCUGAAGCUUUUCAUGUGCCUCUGACAAAGAUUUCAGAAAAAGAUUGCUACGGAGAGUACACGUCUCUAAGGAACGUAAUGGAAAAUUUUGCAGCAGCAAUGGCGAAACUAGCUCGAUUACUUGCUGGAGUUCUAGCCGAGAAUCUAGGUCACCCUCAGUCAGCCUUUGACAAAAUUUGCAAUGAUAACACGUGCUUCCUUCGCUUGAAUCGCUAUCCAAAGUGUGAAAUAUCACCUGAAAUGGUUGGUUUAAUCCCUCAUACUGACAGCGACUUUCUCACCAUUCUGUAUCAAGAUCAAGUUGGGGGGUUACAGUUGAUGAAGGAUUCCAAAUGGGUUGCAGUAAAACCGCACCGAGAAGCUUUAAUUGUCAACAUUGGAGAUCUUUUCCAGGCUUGGAGCAAUAAUGAAUAUAAGAGUGUCGAACACAAAGUGAUGGCUAAUCCAAAAAUGGAGAGAUAUUCAAUUGCUUACUUUCUAUGCCCUUCUUAUGAUUCCAUGAUAGGAAGUUGUAAGGAGCCUUCUCUCUACAAAAAAUUUACCUUCGGAGAAUUCAGAAAACAAGUUCAAGAAGAUGUGAAGAAAACGGGACAAAAAAUUGGCCUUACAAGAUUUCUGCUUUGAUACCAUCCAUAAAUCACACUUCCAUUUUCUGACACAAAUUAGUUCAUGGGUCUUUCAGAACUAAGCUAGAGCUGAUUCAGGGGACAAGUGUUCUCAAAGAGGAAAAAGCAAUCCAGAUAAAAACUCUGACCGUGGCAAACUUGAGCUAGAAGUAUCCAUUUGUCCACUUCCAUCCUACAUAUCUUUUAAAAUAUAGCUUCUUAGUAGUACAUACAUUUUUAUAUACAAACAUACAUAUACGCCAUAGUUUUAUAUCUUUCAUUUCCAUGGACGACUAGUUUAGUAAUCUUUGAUUUUUUGACAAUGCUAAUUUUCAGCAUAAACAUAUACAGCCAAUAUCUGAUCCUGCCCUGAUUAUACUCGCAAAAUUAAUUUUUUACACUGCACAACCAAAAUAAGGGAAUGAAAGAUAGGUAUAUUAAAAGAUAGAGAAUGUUCAAAAUUUGACUCUUGUGUUGUAUUGUACUAUUGUUACGUUUUGUUAAGAAAUAUAUAUCAAUGUAAGUUUCAUUUUAUUCUAUUUAUAAUACUAUAUUAUUCAUUUCGUCUCUUGUAACAGAAAGUUUAUGAUAUUAACGGUGUGCCAUACUUCAAGGAAAAUUUGGCAUACAGCAAAAGUACAAUCUAAUAAAAGUACAAGGAGGGUUGAAUAUUCCAGAGUUGUUUGAACUGUCAUCAGCUAUUACGGAACGCAAAACAAACAUUAAAACAAAAAGAACAGAAAGAGAUGGUUUUGUAGUUUUCACUCAUUGUAUGCUAAUGACAAUGUACAGAAAAGCACAAGGGUUUCACCCAAAUCUCAGAAAAUAUAGCAGUAUAAUUCUGCUGAUUUUCUUCAAAGAAUACCAUGAGCAUUCACAGAAGUGGUCAAAUUAAAGUAGA